AUCUGGUAACGCUCCAACGUGGUGGUUGGUCGCCCAUUCCCUGCCUUGAAUUGUGGGGAAAACACCACACCCACCCCCCCCCCCCGUUCGUGGACUCAUACCAAAUCUCUCUCCACCAAACCUCAAACUCUAGCUCUUAACAACUCAAAACCCAACCAACUCUCUCUCGCUCUCGCUCUCGCUCUCGCUCUCGCUCUCAUGGGUCUCUUCUGCUGCGGUAAGGACACCACAGCUCUAGCAACCACCACCACUACUACCACAUCUAACAAGCUCCGAGUAUUCCGGCACGAGGAGCUGGAGACCGCCACCGCCGGUUUCUCCCCCUCCACUCUCCUCGGCCGCGGCAGCCACGGCUCCGUCUUCCUCGCCUCCCUCGACGGCGGCCGCCUCCUCGCCGCCGUCAAGGUCCCCUCCGACGAUGACUACUCCACCUUCGACACCGAGAUCACCCUCCUCUCCUCCCUCCCCCGCUCCCCCCUCCUCGUCAACCUUCUCGGCGCCACCCCGGCCGGCGGCCCAACCCCCCGCAUCGCCGUCGUCGACCUCAUGCCCCUCGGCUCCCUCCAUGACCUCCUCCACCAUCCCCUCCGCCCCCGUCCCCCCUGGCCCCGCCGCCUCCGCCUCGCCCUCCACGCUGCCGCCUCCCUCGCCGCCCUCCACGCCCUCCAACCCCCCGUCGCCCACCGCGACGUCAAGCCCUCCAACCUCCUCCUCGACGCCAACGGUCGCGCCCGCCUCGCCGACUUCAGCCUCGCCGUUCGCCUCCCACCACCCCAAGCUCUGCCCCCGGCCGGCACCAUCGGUUACAUCGACCCCUCCUACCUCCGCCCCACCGAUCUCUCCACCGCCACCGACGUCUACAGCUUCGGCGUCGUCCUCCUCGAGAUCCUCACCGGCCGCCGCGCCAUCGACGUCGAGUACAGCCCGCCAUCUCUGGAGGACUGGGCAGCGCCGCUCGUCGGGGCGGGGCGGUUCCCGGAGCUGUGGGAUCCGCGGGGGCGGCCAGCGGAGGGCCGCGAGGAGGAAGCGGCGAGAGACGUAGCAGUGCUGGCAACGAGAUGUCUAGCGCCGGUGGCGGAGGAAAGGCCGUCCAUGGCGGAGGUGGCGGAGCUUCUCCGGGAGGCGGAGUGGAGGGUCCGAUCGCCACCUCCGCCAGCUUGGCGGCGGCUGGCGAGGUGGGUGGUGGGUCGGGCCAGGAAUGGGAAAGUGUCCGACGUGGCGGCGACUUGAAGUGCGCUUACAGUUUUCAUGUUGUUUAAUACGAUAUAAAUUGUUUAAUUGCGUUGCUGUUACAUCAGCGCUGUGUCAUUUCAAACAGCAAACACUUAUUCUUCCGACGUGUGUCAAUAUCCGUUGCUGUUUGUAACGAGACAGAGGAUCAAGUGAGUGUUAAAUGAUAUAUUUGUUAUUUUAUA